AUGGUGUCAAAGCCUUGGCUGAGAUGUCCAUUGUCCGGAGAGACGGACCCUCAUAACCUACUCAGAAUCAAGCUAAUCCCAGAACUAGACGACAACGCGGAUGAGCUUAAGUUACCCUGUACGGAGUGGUUCUGGGGUCUCAAGAGAGGCGGCCUGCAGUAUCAUCUUGCGAACGCUCAUAAUUCAUUGUUCUUUCGUAGGGACAUUGCACAUCUCUACGCGAGCUUCCAGUUUAUUCUGGCCCCUACUUUCAAGACAUUUCUUGACAUAGUAGACUUCAACCAACGGGCUGGCAUAUUGUGUCGCGCUGACGAUGAUAUAUCGCCUCGUCGUCCUUUGACCGCGCUCACGCCCCCAAGCGGUUUCUACCGAUACGUCUUCAUUCCUAUGACAGAUGCUGCUCGCCAAUUGCAGAAGGAACUGAACCUCCCGCCACAGACGGAAGAGGACCUGAACGGCGGACUGGAUCCGAGAUCAAAAAGGCCAUUGCAUGAAGGGACCGAAACUUUCACUGUCGUCGAAUGUUUUGCUCAUCCGUACUGUGUCAGCACCCUCGCCGAGCACGCCUUCAAUUAUUACGACGACUGGGCGACACGAGUUACCGCGCAGUGGUCGCUCUGCACGUUGAACAUAACAAGACAAUGGAGCGUCUCCAAGGAACGCGACGUACCCCGGUGGUUCAUCGACAUGCCUGGGAUGGAUGAAGACGACAUCACUGUCACAAGCGCGGAAGGGGCGGGAUACACCAUCUCCAGGCGAAGCCAAGACGGAAACGGCCGCCCUCGCACCGUAUACGAGGGGCAGGAAGCGCUGCAGGCCAAAGUAUCGGCCUGGGCAGAGCAGGUGGAUCGAAACUCCCAGCCCGAGGAGCAACCGCCGAUCCUCCGCGAACCCAUACCGGUCCGCCGCUCUGUGCGGAUUGCUGAGCGCGCCAAACCGUAUCAAAGACCGAAGCAGGCCUACUACCACAGGCCAGAAUCUCCAGUACGCAAGGCGCCGUGGCCUUGCCCUGAGGAUGAAGAUCCCUACGAGAGCCCGCCGGCGUGGGCGACGCGCAACGGCCAGUAUCCGACGCGAGGAUUCUCCAGUAACGACUGGGCGUACUUCUGCUAUAGCAUAUCUUUGCCGGCCCCUCGCAAACCGUAGCGCGCCGCUUCAACGUCGACUCAGACCUUCCCCUUGCUCGACAAACCGCCGCUCGAAAGACUCAAUGCCGACACAGCUCGGCCUCCUCUCAGUCAUCCUACCAUUACGUUCGCCCCUUUCUCUCGCGCCCUGUGCGCCUCAACACCUCCCAACAUUGGGCGCAUAUGCCUGGCCUCUAUACUCCGCGACGGGGCUGAUUCUACAAAGAAUGCUGUGACACGAGACAAAUUAUCUGUAACCAUUAUUUAUGAAUGCUACCUCAUGAGAUACACAUCGACAG